CCGGGGUGCCUUUGUUAAGCGGAGCGGGCGCGGCCGCGGGGAUCCCAGCUGUGCUGCGGGGCUUUGCUGGUGCUGGGGACCGGAUCGGGGUCGCCAUGUCCUACGUCCCGGGCCAGCCGGUCACUGCCGUGGUGCAACGAGUUGAAAUUCACAAGCUGCGUCAGGGUGAGAACUUAAUCCUGGGCUUCAGCAUCGGAGGCGGCAUUGACCAGGAUCCGUCCCAGAAUCCCUUCUCAGAGGACAAGACUGACAAGGGCAUUUAUGUCACACGGGUGUCUGAGGGAGGCCCUGCUGAAAUUGCUGGCUUGCAGAUUGGAGACAAGAUCAUGCAGGUGAACGGCUGGGACAUGACCAUGGUUACACACGACCAGGCCCGGAAGCGGCUCACCAAGCGGUCGGAGGAGGUGGUACGCCUGCUGGUGACGCGGCAGUCGCUGCAGAAGGCCGUGCAGCAGUCCAUGCUCUCCUAGCAGCCCGCUGGGCUCCCCAGCUCGCGCCUAUUUGUACAACGCCACCACUUCCCACGCUCUGUCUGCCCUUCAUCCUGGCUUCUGCUGAGCGCCAGGCCCCAGCUGCUCCCAGAGGCCUGACGCUGCUGCCCCUCCCCACUCCCACCCCAUGCUUCUGGGCCCAGCUUGCUCCCAUGGACACUGAGGGCUGACCAGAAGCAUCUAGAGCCAGGUGGUCACCAGGCUGCUGUGACCCUAGGCUCAGCCCCAAGACCAGGUGCCCAGAAACAUGGAGAGCUGCCAAAGAUGGGAAAUAUCCUAAGGGGGGUAGGGGCUUUUCCCAUUCUGCCCUGGCUGUGGGCUAGGCCCAGCCUCCUGUGUCAUCUCCGUAGUGCCUGCGCCCCAACUCUUCCAUGUUGCCCAUCGGGGGCUGGCCCCACACUACCAGAAGCCUGCCUGGCAAGGAAGGCAGGUGGUAGGCUCCUGGACCCUGACUCCCUGCUUCCCCAGCUGUGUCUGCCUGUAGGCUCUAGCCGAGGUUCAAGGAUGAUAUCUCAGGAUUACUCCAUGCCUGUGGGUUUAACUUUUGUAUUUUUUUAGUCACAACUUUGAUGCAGAGCCUUUUUAUCUUACUGUUUGGAGAUGCCAAUUCUGCUUUGUAAGUUACUAAUUCACAUCUGGGGCGGCCCUGAGCAAGUGGACCAGCCUCCGUGGCUCCUGUGGAAGAGCGGCUGGAGACUGCUGUGCCUACAGCUGAUGUCCAUGCCCAAUAAAUGAUACUGGAAUGCA